AUGCUGGCGCGGGCGCUGCUGAAAAGGGCUCACGGGACGCUGAAGACGGCACAUCGGUCGACAUGGGUGUUACAACGAGUCAAUCUGCCUGAAGCCACGCCAAUUGGGGCUGUACAACGAGACCCGGCCGAGCUGUCGAUCACGCAAAGAUUGGAGGUGGUCGAACAGGAGCCAACGACCCCGACGGGCAAUCUGCAGCUGAUUCUGCUGGAAGAUGUGGAGGGCGUUGGGCAUCAAUUCGACUUUGUCUCCGUGGAGACGAACCUUGCGCGCACGGAGCUGCUCCCCACUCGAAAGGCCGUCUACGCGUCCCCAUUUGACCUCAAGUACUAUGGGGAUAUGAAGGAGAAAAUGAAAGACGAGCUGGCGGCCCGCGUGCGAAUCCCGUACGACUAUCUCGUCGUUGGGCGCAAAUUGAAGAAGAUGGUCAUUCCCAUAAAGGUGAGCAUGGAGAAUCAGUGGGCGCUGAACAAGACGAUCGUCAAGACAUCAUUGCGGCAAAUGGGCGUAGCACUGGUUGACGACGCAAUAUACGUGCCCGAUCAGCCGUCAAUUUCCGGGCCGAACCCCGAGCUCGAGGCCAAGCUCUUCCGGUUUUACGUUGUGGUUGGAAAGCAGUACAUCGUGCCGAUGGUCGGCCGGAUAGCCCAUGUAUCCACAGAUGAGACCAAAAAGGUGAUCACUGUCGAAGGAGUGAAGGAGCCGACGGAUGCCGAACUGUCUCGCCAUGGGCUCCGGGCUGAAGAGUGCUAUUUCUACAAGACGCCCACCGUCGAGGGAUCAUUUGAUGUCGUCGACAAUUCGGAGUUUAUGCGAAACGGGGACUACGUGCCCACUCGACUCCAGGCCCAACAGGAUGCCGUCAAUUACGUGAUCAACUGCAAGCUGCGCGCCAACCCCGAGAAUGCUGUCGGCCUGUUGGCCAUGUCUGGUGAUGUGACGGUGCUGUCGACAAUGUCUCAAGAAGGCCCUCGUCUCUACAUGAAACUCCACGAAUUGGCUCCCAAGGGAGAUUGCAAGUUCAUCUCGGCCAUCAAGGUGGCUCAUUUGGCGUUGAAGCAUCGACAGAACAGGAACCAUCGUAUGCGCAUCGUGCUCUUCUACGCCAGCCCGGCCACUCAUCUUGAGGGCCAAGAGCUGCUGAAAGUUGCCAAGAAAUUGAAGAAGGAGAAGGUGUCGGCUGAUGUCGUCUGCUUUGGAGAGGUUGACGAGAAGAAUGCCGCCGUCUUCGAGGAGUUUGUCGAGACGAUCAAUGGAAAAGAUGGUGGCAACUCGCAUCUUCUCGUGAUCCCGGGCGGCAACUCUCUGACGGAGGCCCUUGCCAACAGCGCCGUUUGCCGUGGAGAGGAUGGGGCCGCGUUGCCGCCUGGCGGCGCUGGAUUCGAGUUCGGCGACCCGGAAGACGAUCCGGACCUCGCAUUGGCUCUCCGUGUUUCGCUGGAGGAGCAGCGUGCCCGUCAGGCUCAAGACACCGCCGCUACCGGCAAUAAUGAUUCUCCACCAACUGAACACGCUCCGCCGGUGCCGGACGUGAUGGAGAUGGACCUGGGGACGAUGAGUGAGGAUCAGCAGCUGGAGUGGGCUCUGCGGAUGAGCAUGCAAGAGGGAGGACAACCCGACGCUGCUCAAGAUCACGCCAUGGAUACCACCGCUCCGCAGGGCUCGAACGAUGGCGACGAUCUGAUGAACAACCCGGAGCUGCUGCAACAACUCGUCAACGAUCUGCCCAGCGACGCGAGCAAGCCGGACAACAACAAGAAGGAGAAGAAGGCCGAAGACGGACCCUCCAACUGCAUUCAGUGGCAACUGAAAGAAACAUUCGCGGUGGUGAGAAUGUUUGAAAUGGGCCUCCUACCCGACGCCCUCUUCUCCGCUGUUCUCGACCAGCUCGGCGUCGUCGGGCUGCUGAAAUUACGGAACGUAAAUCGAUACUACAGGAGGGCAGUAAGCCAACGCGGAUUGAUGCCCAGAAAAAUACUGAGGCUGAAGGUAUUUUCACGCAUUCGAGGGCUAGAUGAUGAAAUUGAAGCGAAAGAGACGGAUCUGGUUGAAGAUGGAGAUGAUCAAAAAAUAAUGGUUGCCGAGACGAAUGUAUGGAUAGAGGAUAUAUAUGGAACGGUGAUCUAUUACCCAAAAUAUGAUAUCAAACAACGAAUCGGAGUCUAUGGUCGAUGGCCACGCUAUGUGGGUGAACACAGCCAACUAGGGCUUCGCGCUUACAAAACGCGUGGCAUGCCAAUCGAUCGAUUCCUGCCCUUUCUUCUCCACAUCCGUUCCCCGAUGUAUUUGUGGAUCUCGUUGACGCCCGGUUUCGAGCAGGGGCUCACCACCGAGCACAAGAUUCCGGAAAACUCCCGCCCGACGCCAGCCAAUUUUAAUUUUGAUCAAUUUAUCCUACAUCAAAAUGAUGAUGAUGAUGAUGGGAGAAGAAUGAUCGAAAUCAACUCGAGACUCUGCUUUUUACCCGACGAAAACUACAAAGCACUCGCCGAUGAAUUUUGGAAUUUAAUCGAUGAGGGGUUGAAGAAAAACGUUGGCCUGACGAUGGUCGAGUUGACGGAUGGCCAAAACGAGACCGGGAUGGUCAAAGAAUGGAUGAGCCAGCGACGGCCGAUGUACGAUGGCUACAAGAUGCGUCGCUACUUCCAAUUUGGAGCCUUCGAAAAACAUUUGUUGGGAGCGUACAUCUACAAUGGAGAGGCAAUGCAAGCACCCUAUGGACUCAUCUCAUUCUGUUUCUUCAACACCAAAUCUGCAACACGAUCGCCAUGUCGACUCCCCAUUCUGGUGGACAGUCAACAUGUUCAUUUUGAA